AUGGGUUUGCUGAUGGGGGUUGCACUGGCACCUGUGGCCAUAGCCGUGGCCAUCUUCCUGCUCCUGGUGGACCUGAUGCACAGGCGCCUACGCUGGACUAAACGCUACCCACCAGGCCCUAUGCCGUUGCCGGGGCUGGGCAACAUGCUGCAGGUGAACUUAGAUAACCUACCAUCCUCCAUCAGCCAGCUGCGGCGCCGCUUCGGGGACGUGUUCAGCCUGCAGCUGGGCUGGGCGCCGGUGGUCGUGCUCAACGGGCUGGCGGCCGUGCGCGAGGCGCUGGUGAGUCGGGGGGAGGACACCGCCGACCGAAUGCCAGUGCCCUUCUUUGAUCACGUGGGCUUCGGGCCGCGCUCCCAAGGAAUUAUCAAUGCGCGCUAUGGGCCCGCGUGGCGCGAGCAGCGGCGUUUCGCCGUGUCCACCCUGCGCAACUUCGGCCUGGGCAAGAAGUCUCUGGAGCAGUCGGUGACGGAGGAGGCCUCCUGCCUCUGUGCAGCCUUCGCUGAUCAAGCCGGCCGCCCCUUUAGUCCGAACGCCCUCCUGGACAGAGCGGUGAGCAACGUGAUCGCCUCCCUCACCAUCGGGCGCCGCUUCGACUACGACGACCCGCUCUUGCUCAAGCUCCUGGACCUAGUUGAGGCACAUCUGAAGGAGGAGAGCAGCAUCGUGUCCAUGGUGCUAGGUUUUGUCCUGGUGCUCCUUCGCAUCCCAGGGGUGGCUGGUAAAUACCUAUAUGGGAGGAGGAACUUCUUGGCCCAACUGGAUAAGCUGGUGACUGAGCACAGGAUAACGCGGGACCCGGCCCAGCCACCCCGAGACCUGAUUGACACCUUCCUGGAUGAGAUGGACAAGGCCAAGGGCAAUCCCGAGAGCAGCUUCAAUGCUGAGAACCUGCGCCUGGUGGUGUUUGACCUGUUCGCUGCUGGGAUGGUGACCACCUCCAUCACACUGUCCUGGGCCCUGCUGCUCAUGAUUCUGCAUCCGGAUGUGCAGCGCCGUGUCCAACAGGAGAUCGACAAAGUGGUAGGGCAGGCGCGGCCACCAGAGAUGGCUGACCAGGCCCGCAUGCCCUUCACCACCGCCGUGAUUCAUGAGGUGCAGCGCUUUGGGGACAUCAUCCCCCUAGGUGUACCCCACAUGACCACCCGUGACACUGAAGUGCAGGGUUUCCACAUUCCCAAGGGGACAAUGUUCUUCAUCAACCUCUCGUCAGUGCUGAAGGAUGAGACCAUCUGGGAGAAACCCUUUAGCUUCCACCCAGAACACUUUUUGGACGCCCAGGGCCACUUCGUGAACCAAGAGGCCUUCAUGCCUUUCUCAGCAGGCCGUCGCGUAUGCCUUGGGGAGCCCCUGGCCCGCAUGGAGCUCUUCCUCUUCUUCACCUGCCUCCUGCAGCGCUUCACCUUCUCGGUGCCUACUGGACAGCCCCGGCCCAGUGACCAAGGUGUCUAUCGCAUCAUUGUGGCCCCAUCCCCCUACCAGCUGUGUGCUGUGCCCCGAUAGAGACGCCAUAGGCCUCCAACCUGAUCCUCAGCUGUGACCCUGUUGUACAAUAAACCAGUCUAGUA